AUGGAAAAAUAUAAUAAACAAAAAGUAAUAGGUUCAGGUGCGUUUGGUCAAGCAUGGCUUGUUCAAUCGAAAAGUGAUUCAAAAAAAUAUGUUAUGAAAGAAAUUAAAAUUGCUAAAAUGGGUAAAAAAGAACGUGAUGAUUCAAGAAAAGAAGUUAAAGUUCUCAGUGAAAUGAAACAUCCAUAUAUUGUUUCUUAUAUUGAAUCAUUCGAAGAUCCAACAAGUUUAUUUAUCGUCAUGGAUUUUUGUGAUGGUGGAGAUUUACAUUCACGUAUUCUACAACAACGUGGAAUUUUAUUUAAAGAAGAUCAGAUACUUGAUUGGUUUGUGCAAAUAACUUUAGCACUUAAACAUGUGCAUGAUCGAAAAGUACUUCAUCGUGAUAUUAAAUCACAAAAUAUUUUUUUAACAAGUGAUGGUUUAGCAAAAUUAGGUGAUUUUGGUAUAUCAAAAGUUUUAAAUACUACAUGUGAAUUAGCUCGUACACAAAUAGGUACACCAUAUUAUUUAUCACCUGAAAUAUGUCAACAAAGACCAUAUAAUAAUAAAUCUGAUGUUUGGAGUCUUGGUUGUGUUUUAUAUGAAGUAACUACUCUUAAACAUGCUUUUGAUGCUAAUAAUAUGAAUGGUCUUAUAAUGAGAAUUGUUCGUGGUUCAUUUAAUCCAAUACCUGCGACGUUUAGUACUGAUUUACGAGGUAUAAUAACACUCAUGCUUAAACGAGAACCACGCGAACGUCCUUCUGUAAAUACGAUUUUAAAAAAAUCAUUUAUCUAUCGUCGCAUUCCAAAAUAUUUAGCAGAUGAAGUGCAACAAGCUGAAUUUGAUCAUACUGUUUUACAUGGUCAAAAACUAUCUUUUGAUGCUGCUCAUCCAAAUCCAUCACCAGUCGGUCGUCCGCUAGUAGUUCCAAAAUCAAAUGUUCUACAUCAACCACCAGCUUCUGCUCGACCAGGUUCAGCAGCAGCAAAAGUACCAUUACAUGAUCCAGUUAAAGUUUAUGCAAAUCCUUCACCUAUGAGACGUCCAGCUUCUGCAACUCCUAGUCCUGCAAAUCGUGUACCAUUAGUCAAAAAAUCGAAUGCAGUUACUCCAAAACCAGCUAUAUCUGUUGAGAAAGAGAAUGAAAUAGCAAGACAACGCAGAGAAAUUGCUAGAAAAAAAGAAGAAGUAGAAAAGUUGGAGAAAAAACAACGCGAACUAUACGAGAAGGAGCAAAAAUCACGUAUUCAACGUGAUAAAUAUCGUAGUCCUUUGUUGUCAUAUAAUAGUGGUUCGGAUCAAUCAGAUGUAAAUAAACAGCCUCCUCCACCACCACUAAUAAUUCCACAACCUAAAAUGAAUCAAAUAUCAGCAAGAAAACCAGUUGUAGCAUCACCGAUUCCAAGUACACCUAAAGCAGGUAAUUAUGAUCAAUAUCAUGCAUUCUUAGAUCAACAUAAACAAAAAAUGGCUGAUGGAGAACGCAAUAUGGAUGAUUGGACUAAAAAUAAUCAAAUGCAACAACCUAAUUCUCAUAUUCAAGUAUAUCAAACACCACCUCCUGCGAAUCAAAAUUUUCGUCCAACUCCAGGUGCAAAUGUUGGUCGACCACCAGCAGUAAAAAAUGAUUAUUUCGAAAAUAGACGACAAGCUCAAUUCAAUAAAGAUCGUGGACAAGGUUUUAUAGGCGGAGCUGCUGCUGCUAUCAAUCCAAAUAUUGGUCAAGUAGCUGAAGUAGAACGAAAUCUUGAUGAAAUUCGUCGAAAAAAUCUCGUAGGUAAACGUGAAAUAAAUAAUAAACCACCAACUGCAUUUAAAAAAUUUGCUGCGAAUAAACCAUCCAAUAAUAUUCAAGUUGAUGAUCGAUAUCGUUCAGCUUAUGAUCAACAGGCUAUUAUAUCUCAAAGAGAAAAAGAAAAAAAAGCUGAAGAAGCAGCGUUAAAAAAGAUUGAAGCAGUUAAUAAUAAUCUCACUGAAGUAUUGAAUGAUCUUGGUAGUCGACCAUCAAGUGCAAAUCAAGAAAGAAAAAAGAAUAUUUUACAAGAUCUGAAUCAAAAAAGUGCUCGAGAACGUUGGAAUGAAAGAGGUGGACCGCCAAAAGUCCGUUCACAAUGGAAUCAACAAGCACCGCUUGAUUCGGCAGUUCUUAAUCGUCAAUCUAUAAUGAAUGAUUCAUGUUUAACAGAUCUAAAUAUUCAAGGACAAGCUAUGAAUUUAGAAAGACCAAAUACACCGAAUCGACAACAAUGGGGUGCAGCACCACGUGGUACAAUUAUAAGUGUACUUGAACAUGCAAAUGUUUACGAUAAUACAUUAACAAGUACAGUUAAUACGGCAACAUCAGAUAUUGGUUUAAAAGCAUUAGCUAAUCGAGUUAAUCCAAAUCGACACAAUGAAACUUAUGUUAUUAGUAGUCCAAAACCAGUUAUUUCUUCUAGUACCACAACAGAUGAAACAUCGAAAAAACCAAAAGAAAAUGAUUUAGUUGUGGAAGAUUUACAGAGAACAUUGACUGAAGACAAAAAACAGAGAACUAUAUCAGCAUCAGAUAAAGUUGAACUUAUCGAAUGUUUAACAACAGGACGUCUCGAUGCCAAAAAUAAAUUUCUUCUUCGAACUGUUUCCAAUCCAGAAUUACAUAAAAUUGAUGAAUUACCUGAAGAAACAACAACGAUUAAAUCACAUAAAUUGAAUCGAAGUUUAACUGAUAUUGUUCAAUCAUCACAAGAACCAUUAUUUUCUGGUACUAAAAAAGAAAUUACUCGCACUAGUACUAGUAGUAGUGACUCGAAUUCAAGCGGUGAAAAAUCUGAUGAUGGCGACGAUGAUGAAGAUACACAGACAUUAAAACAAGCUUAUCAAAGUUGGUUAAUCGAUGAUGAUGAUGAUGAAGAUGAAGAUGAAAAUAAAAUGAAACAUUGUGCAAGUGAACCUGUUAUAAAAAAAGAUGAGAAAUCAAGAAUAUCACUUACAGAAGAUGAUGAUGAUAAUGACGAUGAUAAUAUUUGGUGUAAUCUAGAAGAUGAAGAUAAUCUUGAACAACGUGUUAAACUUGAUGAUGAACGAGAAGAACAAUUACGUAAAAUUCUCGGUGAUGAAACGUUAGAAAUUGUACGUCAAGCACUCAAGCAAAAUGAAGGAGUUGAUCCUGAUAUUAUAUCAAGUCUUUUACCAGAAGAUAAACGUUAUAUAGUUGAAACAGAUGCUUUUCUAACAUUGAUUACAAUGAAUGCAAGAUCAAUGAAAAAAUAA